AAGCUGAGUUGGAAGAAAGCUUUUGGAACGCACUCGAAUAAUCAAUCGGAAACGAAGCUGAGGUGGUGGUAGAAAGCUCUUUGAACGCACGCCAAUCAUCGAACCUAGUAUUUUAAUACGCGAAUCUGUUCUUCAAUAACAAUAACGACAACGACAACAAAAACAAGCUCGAUCAGUGACCGAUUCCCUGCAAUGGCGAGCGCCGAGAAGCAACCGAUGGUGGUCGGGAUCGACGAAAGCGAGCAAAGUUCGUACGCUCUGGAGUGGACUCUGGAUCACUUCUUCGUCCCCUGUUCUGCCAACCCUCCUUUCAAGCUCAUCCUCGUCCACGCCAAACCCACUCCUUCUUCUGCCGUCGGCUUCGCCGGUCCUGGAGCGGCCGAGGUUUUGCCCUUUGUGGAGGCCGAUUUGAAGAAGACCGCUGCCCGGGUCGUUGAAAAGGCCAAGGAACUCUGCACCAGUAAAUCGGUGCACGACGUGAUAGUGGAGGUGGUGGAAGGAGAUGCUAGAAAUGUUCUUUGUGAGGCUGUGGAGAAACACCAUGCAUCCAUUUUGGUUGUUGGCAGUCAUGGCUAUGGAGCUAUUAAAAGGGCUGUUUUAGGCAGUGUCAGUGACUAUUGUUCUCAUCAUGCUCACUGUACUGUGAUGAUUGUGAAGAAGCCCAAAAUCAAACACUAAGCUUACAUUACCUACUUCACGUGCUAAUGCACGUACAGAAAUUAAAUCAGCCGAGUAGUUGUGUAUGUAAUAAAUUUGACAAUUGCUCAUAAUGUCGUCGUCGUCGUCGUCUUUUUUUUUUUUUUUUUUUUGCGUUCUCCCCAUCUGAUCUCAAAUAUGGCAUGUAAACUCAACUUUGAAUAACAAGUUUAUACAUGCAUGCAUUAUUGCAUUGCUAUCGUCUGAUUUUUAUCAA